UUUGGGCUUAAUUGCAAAAUGGUGUUAGAAAACUGGAACAUAACGACCGUAUGGUGGCUUCGAAGGACAGCUUAUGACCGACUGACAAACCAUCGUACAAUGGGCGUCUUUGUGUUGUCUGCCGUGUGGCAUGGUUUCUACGGGGGAUACUACUUAACGUUCUUUACAAGUCAGUUAUUCGUGGAAGCUGCUCGAGCGGUCCGACGAACUUUAAGAGAAAAGUUUCAGAAGACGCCGCUUGCAUCACGKGCUUAUGACGUCAUCACGGCCUUAACGACUGCUUUGUUUCUUGUGUACGCAACAAUCCCCUUUGCUCUGCUCGACCUGUGGGCGGGGAUUCGUUUUUGGAGAUCGAUGUACUUUUUUGGUCACGUGAUGGCUAUUCUAGCCCUUGUAAUAUGUCGGAGAAAAAGCAGCCAAUCAAAACCUUCAAUAGAAAAGACGAAAUCGACGGAUACAAAUCAAAAUGGCGUCGCUUGGACUGACAAGACGAAGAGUCAAUAAACUGAAGAGUAAAGACGAAGAGCUAGAUCUAGCUCGAAUUCUCGUUGUAAAUUUUUUAUGUAAUUAGUUUACGAUGCUAUUGCACAUUUGUAGUAGGUGGUGAGAUUGGCUCUUGUUAGGUAUUUCGGGUUGUUUUUGCUCGCUUAUUUUGUUUGUUUGUUUUCUUUAAUUUAUUAUUGCUAUUUGUUGUUUUUAUACAUAUUUAUUGAACAAUUUUAAAAUAUAUUUCAUAAUUACAGAUUUAAAAACUUAAACUUUGACAAUGACAUUGUGUUCGCAAGUCAAUGAAAACCGCGCUAAAAGCUAUGCAUUUUUAGUGUUUGCACGGCCUGAUAGUUUCAAAUAGACUUGGAAAACAUUUGGUCUUACUUCGUACACAUUUUUAAAUCGAGCUGAAGUUAUAAGAUUGAAUUCUUUCACAGCUUUUAUGCUGUGACGUCUCUCAAUUUGAUUUAUACUUUUAUAAAUAUCUUAAUUAUAGUUUAUAAAUUUUUAGGAAGUUACCACUUCCAAAA